AUGGGUGGGUGUCACAGCAGGGUGGGUGUUGGGUGUGAAUCUGAGAUGAGGUCAGUAUUACCCCUUGCAACUCCCACUUUCUCUGCAGGCUGUCCUUCUGUUUGACCUGGUUCUUUGCUGAUCAUUAUCAUUAUUAUCCAGGCUAUAAAGUGUGCUAUCACCCACAGGGGGCAUUACAACACACCAACCGACAUGCUGCAUCUCUUUCUCUCUUUCACCCUCUCUUUCUCUCUUUCACCCUCUCUUCUCUCUCACUCUCUCACCUAUCUUUCUUUCUCUCAGUAAUUAACAGUACUCUGACUCUCUCUCCUAUCUUUCUUUAUCUCAGUAAUUAACUGUACUGUCUCUGUGUCCUCUAGGCUGUGAGCUGUAUGCAUUCUGUGGGGCUCUAUUUGGGAUCUGCUCUAUGAUCACUCUGAUGGUGAUAGCAGUGGACCGCUACUUUGUGAUCACACGUCCGCUGGCCUCCAUCGGGGUGCUGUCCAAGAAACGAGCCCUACUCAUCCUCAUGGCUGCCUGGGUGUACUCAUUGGGAUGGAGCCUGCCACCUUUCUUCGGCUGGAGUAAGUCCAUGGACACACACACACACAGAAAGAGAGAGAGAGAGCAUAUUCCUGGGUCAUGAGCCAAGCUUGGGAUGAGGUUAUAUGAUGCCAGGGCUGUAUACACUGUAUGGAAGAGUCAUGAUUGUGUCAGUAUAUGUGUAAAGGAUGUCAUGAUGCUUGCUUAGCGAGUACCACUUCCUCCCGAUUUGGCCCAUUCCUGGCGCGAACUCGGGACCUCUGCCUUGCUAGCACACAUGACCGCCCUCCUAAAGUGUCUUACCAGUCGGCAGCACGCAAAAAGCUAGCUGUUCGCUGGUGCAAGUGGAGACACUUCAGGCUGAGGAGUAAGUUUCAAACAUCCCCAUGUGCUACAUUCUCCCCUCAAACUUACUCAACAGCGACCCCAGCAUUGAGCUGAGCGCAACUGUAGAUCCAGGUCACGGCACCACUGUAAAAGACGUCACACUGCUUGCUUAGCGAGUACCACCUCCUCCGGAUUCGGCCCAUACCUGGCGCGAACUCAGGACAUCUGCCUUGCUAGCACACGUGCCCGCCCUCCUGAAGCGUCUUACCAGUCAGCACCACGUGAAAAGCUAGCUUUUCGCUGGCGCAAGUGGGAACAUUACACGCUGAGGAGUACGUUUCACACAUCCCCAUGUGCUACAUAUGCAUGUGUUAGAAAGAGAUAAAAAGACAGCAAGAGAGAGAGAAAGACAACAAUAGAGAGAAAGACAGCAAGAGAGAGAAAGACAGCAAGAAAGAGAGAAAGACAGCAAGAGAGAGAGAAAAACAGCAAGAGAGAGAGAAAGACAGCAAGAGAGAGAGAAAGACAACAAGAGAGAGAGAAAGACAGCAAGAGAGAGAGAAAGACAGCAAGAGAGAGAGAAAGACAGCAAGAGAGAGAGAAAGACAGCAAGAGAGAGAGAAAGACAGCAAGAGAGAGAAAAAGACAGCAAGAGAGAGAGAAAGACAGCAAGAGAGAGAAAAAGACAGCAAGAGAGAGAAAAAGACAGCAUGAGAGAGAGAAAGACAGCAAGAGAGAGAGAAAGACAGCAAGAGAGAGAGAAAGACAACAAGAGAGAGUGAAAGACAGCAAGAAAGCGUGAAAGACAACAAGAGAGUGAAAGAUAGCAAGAGAGUGAAAGACAGCAAGAGAGAGAGAAAGACAGCAAGAGAGAGAAAAAGACAGCAAGAGAGAGAAAGACAGCAAGAGAGAGAGAAAGACAGCAAGAGAGAGAAAGACAGCAAGAGAGAGUGCUCCCCCUGGCUCUGUGUUCUCUCUUUGAACUCCAGUCUGCGGUAGCUUAGUUUAAGCAUGAGGAUUUUGGCAUUGGAUCAGGUAUGCUGAGCUGACAGAGAUCUCUCAGUGAGAAGAAAGAGAAUGAAACUAGUGGGCGAACAGGCUGGAAUGGGCCCCUCAUAAGCCUCACAUUGCUCUGGCCUUACAAUAUACUGUAGUCAGAAUGACUCACACCCCAUGACUGUGCGAAUCUCUGGCAUAUAACAAAUGUAUCCAGCAGCUCCAAAUUGACUUAACACUAUUCUGUCUAGCACGCUAAUGGGUGACAUGCUGGAAAGGGCCUUAAGGGCGACACGCUAACUCAGACAAUGUGGAGGGUGGAGGGGGUUUGGGGAGAGAGGUAGCAGGUCAUGGACUGCCUACCCCCUGCAGCCUGGGGGUCUAUGUGCAGACAUGCCACCCCAGACAUUGUUCCGCAGUACGCGUGUCCUCUCUGACCACACAAAGGGCAUCUGUCUCCUUAAACCCAUCUGACGGCCCCAUCUCUGCCCCAUCUCCGCUGAUUAUCACGUCAUUCCAUGCCAUCAGGGGAAAUAACAUCAAUAACAUAAAAGCUAAACAAAACUGCACCAUUAUACACUUUGAGGCUUUGAUUGUCCAGAGCGUUUAGAUCAUCAGAAGUGCUCCCUUGAUCCAAGCUUUGAUGUUCCUGCGUCUUCCUAUUGAUGUGAGUGUCCUUAACUUUCCCUGGCACUCUGAACGUUUUACCAUAGCAGGGCUUCAAUGGAUGAGGCAUGAAGGACAACUUGUUGACGACUUUGAAGUGGUGUUGAAGAAGAAAGGUUUUGACAAUGCCGUAUCCCUCCACUUAUCUUCUGUCCUUUUCCCCCUUUCCUUUUCUGACUUUCUAUGUCCCGCCUCUCUUUUCCUCCUUUCUCUACCCCUUUCGCUCUCCUUCCUCUCCCUCCCCCCUUCUCCCUUCUCCCUUACCCCCCUCUCCUCCCAGGCGCCUAUGUUCCAGAGGGCCUGUUGACCUCCUGUACAUGGGACUAUGUGACCUUCACCCCAUCAGUGCGUGCCUACACCAUGCUGCUCUUCACCUUUGUCUUCUUCAUCCCCCUCAUCGUCAUCAUGUACUGCUACUUCUUCAUCUUCAGAGCCAUACGUACAACUAACAGGUAAGUGGAUUGGAUACCAGAGAGCUGCUCUAGACAUAUCACUGAAGGUGUGUCCAAUUAAAUUACAUGUAAAAGUGUGUGGUAAGUUACUGGAAAUUGGAUUCUCUGAAGCAUUUCAAAUUUCUCACAUUUCACAUUUAUUUUUCUGUGUGUGUCAUAGGGCUGUAACCAAGAUCAACUGCACUGGGAGCACCAGAGACUCAAUUAAGAGUUUCCGUCGGUUGAAGAAUGAGUGGAAGAUGGCUAAGAUUGCUCUUAUAGUCAUCCUCCUCUAUGUAAUCUCUUGGUCCCCAUAUUCCGUUGUGGCCCUGACCGCAUUUGCAGGGUGAGUGCUUUGAUAUAUACUGUAUUGUAACAAAAUGGUGCCUGUCUUAGUGGAACUCUAGUAGGCUCUUUGGUGUCAGUGUUGCCAACUCCUCAGUAAGGAAAGUAGCUAUUGGCUGUCCUAAAAGUCGCUAAAUGACGUCAUCUCCUAAUUUGCAUAAUUGGCCAUGUGCAUGUCAUUGUGAUGGACGCUGUAGGAGAGAGGAAUAACGUCGUGGGAGAGCCAAAAGGUGAGUAAAAAACACACUAAAUAUGUUUAGAACUACAAAUGAACUUUUUUCUGCCGAUUCUUAAAAAAAUAAAAAAAUUACAUUUACAUCCCGCCCUGAAUGUAAGCCAGGGCGGGAUCAGCCAGCGGCGGCUUCCCACAUGCGCGAUUCAUUUGCAGUCUGGACGUGGAGGGGUGAACAUCUCCUGCUCUGACUGCUGCACGAGGACUGGGCUGCCUGUGAGUGCUUUGGGACAGGGGUGGGGCCUACGGCAGCACCCGCUGCUCGUUGAGAAGAGUAAGAACGAUACGUGCUUUCACGUCAGAGUCUCCAAUAACACCAGAAAAAGUCCCUAGAUUUGUCACUAGUCGCUUUUUUGAAAACUUGUCGCUAGAGGGGUCUGAAUACUCGCUAAACAUAGCUACAAAGUCGCUAAGUUGACAACACUGUUUGGUAUCACAUGCACUUAUAUCAAUCAUAUUGACACUACCGAACUGGCAGUGUACAAGCUUGAUGUUUCUUGCCAGAAUUUUUUUAAACCUUUAUUUAACUAGGCAAGUCAGUUAAGAACAAAUUCUUAUUUAUAAUGACGGCCUACCAAAAGGCAAAAGGCCUCCUGCGGGGACGGGGGCUGGGAUAAAAAUGUUAAAUGUAGGACAAAACACACAUCACGACAAGACAGAAACACCACAACACUACAUAAAGAGAGACUUAAAACAACAACACAGCAUGGCGGCAAAACACAUGACAACACAGCAUGGUAGCAACACAACAUGACAACAACACGGUAGCAACAUAACAUGGCAGCAGUACAACAUUAUAGUAGCACAAAACAUGGUAGAACCAUUAUUGGGCACAGACAACAGCACAAAGGACAAUAAGGUAGAGACAACAAUACAUCAUGCGAAGCAGCCACAAGUGUCAGUAAGCGUGUCCAGUUUGAGUGUUUUUUGCAGCUCGUUCCAGUCGCUAGCUGCAGUCUAAUAGGCUGCCGCCGCCACAUUGCCCCCACCUAAGGGGUCAGUCGUCCCCGACAACCCCGAAAUCCAACACUAAGUCCUGAAACCUGGAGGUCAAACCUGGAGGUCUGAUUGCCGUGGGGGAGUCCCAUUCUGACCUUGCCCCUCAGGUGAGGAAACCGCUGCAUUGUCCUAUGGUCCAGGGCUGUGAGGAGUAACCACCAUCUCACCUUCUCUUUCCACUUCACAAGGUGUAUGAGGUUGGUAAGGCGCCAGCCGAUCUUGAUGGAGGACCACAACUCGUCCAUGAGUCCGAAGCUGCCUGCAGUACAUCACGUCAGAAAGUCACUCCGGAACCAUGCAUGGGCCUUCCCAGUGACUCAUUCGUUUUCGGGCUAAGACCAUGCUUGCGCCAGGGGCUAUAUACCCACACUUCUUGGCCAGUCUGGAAAGGCUGACCUCGACAGAGGGUGUUAUAUACCUUCUGCUUUACCCCUGCUUCUGUCAAGCGAUGCCGUUAAAAGUCGUGGGCUGUGUCCAGGAACCUCGUGCUCUGAAGGUCUUCCAAAGGACUAAUCCACUGGAGUGCGUAGUUUUCUGCCAAACAUCAGCACUGCUGUGGUGCAUCCAGUGAACUCCUGCAAUGCUGAACGAUAGGCCCACAAGACCAAUGGCAGUCGGUCCCAGUCCUUCUGGUCGUUGAAGGUGAGAGUGGCCAGCUGUAUCGCCAAAGUCCGUAUCGCCAACACUGUAGCUUCCAAAUUUCUCCCCUAAUCACUGUGGAGUUGUUCCGGUGCUCCAAACUGGCAGAACAUCUCCUCCACCAGCAUGUUGGCUGUGGUUGUGGUGCGCUGGUCGGGGACCGCGUAGGCCUCUGGCCACUUGGUAAAAUAGUCGAUCGCCACAAGUACGUAUCGAUUGCCUUCCUCUGUCACGGGAAAAGGACACAGGAUGUCCACACCAACCCUCCCCAUGGGGGCCCCCACCUGAUAUUGCUGCAACGGGGCAUGGGUGCGUCCGGUUGGUCCUUUGUGGGCAGUACAGGUGUCACAGGCAUGCACAUACUGUUCCGUGUCUUGGCGGCAGCCAGCCCAGUAGAGUUUCCUUUGGAGGAGUUGGAGGGUCUUUGUGUACCCGAAGUGGCCAGCCCACACUGACCUAUGGACAGCUCUGAGGGCAUGGCCACACAUGGAACGAGGCACCAGCCGCUGCCACACCACAGAGUUGUGUGUUGGUUCCCUCCAUCUUCGAAACAACACCCCAUUGUGAAUGGCAAGGUUGUCCCACUGUGAGUAGUAGGCCUUGGUUUCGGGGCACAGCGGUGAGACUCUGUUCCAGGUCUCCAACCAGCCCCAAACAGUUGCCAACACCGGGUCACCUUCCUGCUCCCUCUUCAGGUCUUGGUCAUUCCAGGUCUCCAAUGGUGCUGAGCUCCUGUCUGCUGCUUGACGACCAGCCCGGUGCUAUAUCUGGUAGUCAGACUCCUGUAACUCUUCUAUCCAGCGAGCCACCUGGCCCUAUGGUUCUCGGAAGCUGAGGUGCAAGGUGAGUGAGGCAUGGUCAGUAUGGAGGAGGAACUGGGUCCUGUAGAGGUAGGGUCGGAAAUGAUGGUACUUUGACCACAGCCAAUAACCCUCGCAGGGUGACACAGUAGUUGCGCUCAGCACGGUUGAGGCUUUGACUCCUCCAGCGAAAGAAUGGCCCCAAUGCCCACAUUGCUGGCAUCUGUGUCCACAAUGAAUGGGUGCUGGGGGUUGGGUAUGCCAGGACUGGAGCCUUGAUAAGGGCCUGACGCAGUUCAGCGAAUACUGCCAUGCAGUCAUUAUCCCAGUCGAACCGCUGAUCCUUGUUUGUAAGGCGGUGUAGAGGGCUGGCUACUGUUGCAAAGUACUUGAUGAACCUCUGGUAGUAAGAAGCUAGGCCAACGAAGCUUGUCAACUCAGAGAGAUCCUUGUGGUUCGGCCAGUGCUGAACCGCCACCACCUUGGCUGGAUCAGAUGCAACUCCAUCUGCCCCGAUGACAUGGGCUACGAACUUGACCCCCCUUUGCAGUAGGUGACACUUCUUGGGGUGGAGCAUGAGUCCUACGUGCCGGAUGGAAAGUAGAACCUCACUCAGAUUUGCCAGAGAUCCAUACGGCAUGCACAAGGAGGUCGUCCAGGUAGACCACACACUUGUCUUUGGCCUAACUUCAGGGGCAAGCUCCACUAGCCAAAGCAGUUUGUAUUAUUUUUCUAUGCAAACACUACAAUGCUGCAGCGACAUAUUCAAACCUUGACCAUUCAGGUACUUCAUAUAUUGUAUAAUUCUGCUUUACAGCCUAACAGCCUUCUCUCCCUGUCUUCUCCAUGUCACCUGUAGGUAUGCAGAUUUUCUGACCCCCUACAUGAACUCAGUUCCUGCUGUGAUCGCCAAGGCUUCAGCCAUUCACAACCCCAUCAUCUAUGCCAUCACCCACCCCAAGUACAGGUACCGUAGUCUUGCUGUCACAACAAUUAAACAUGAAACCUAUUGGUUUCUGUUGUUUCUAUUGUUGCAUUAUGAGUCAAAUCUUCUUACGCAACCUAACCCCAUUUUGGAAUUCCGUUGAGCAACAAAGUCAAAGAGCUAUUCUUUUGUUGUUUUUUAUUACACUAAUGUGAUACUACCCCAGUGAACCAUUCCAUUCCAUCCCAUAAGAAUCGAUCAAAUCUGAGAGACAGGAAGGAUAUAGCCUCUGUUAGCUAGCGAUCAGACUAAACUCUCCACUCUACAAUCACUCAUAAACCUGGAUGUUAACUCAACUGGACAUCAUUAUAAUCUUCUCACCACACAGGAAGGAUUAUAAGAAUGAAUAUAUAGUGGACCUAGAUUGUUUACCGCUGUGUACUUUUUGUUUUUUAGUAAUUUAUCACUGCUCAAGGUAAAUUAUUGCUUGCAUGUUGGAUGUACAUAUAGUUUUAAAAAGAUUAUUUCAUCUUUAUUUACUAGGCAAGUCAAUUAAGAACAAAUUCUUAUAUACAAUGACUGCCUACCAAGAGGCAAAAGGCCUUCUGCAGGGACAGGGGCUGGGAUAAAAAUACAAAAAGUAGAACAAAACACACAUCAUGACAAGAGCAACACCAGAACACUACAUAAAGAGAGACCUAAGACAACAGCACAGCAUGGCAGCAACCCAUGACAACACAGCAUGGUAACAACACAACAUGACAACAACACGGUAGCAACACAACAUGGCAGCAGCACAACAUGGUAGCAGCACAAACAUGGUACAAACAUUGUUAGGCACAGACAAGAGCACAAAUGGCAAAAAGGUAGAGACAACAAUACAUCACGUGAAGCAGCCACAAGUGUCAGUAAGAGCAUCUUUAAAUGUAGAGAUGGAGAUAAAACUGUCCAGUUUGAGUGUUUUUUGCAGCUCGUUCCAGUCGCUAGCUGCAGCUAACUGAAAAGGGGAGCGACCCAGGGAUGUGUGUGCUUUGGGGACCUUUAAAAUAAUGUGACUGGCAGAACGGGUGUUGUAUGUGGAGGAUGAGGGUUGUAGUAGGUAUCUCAGAUAGGGGGGAGUGAGGCCUAAGAAGGUUUUAUAAAUAAGCAUUAACCAGUGGGUCUUGUGUCGGGUAUACAUAGAUGGUCAGUUUACAGACGAGUAUAGAGUGCAGUGAUGUGUCCUAUAAGGAGCAUUGGUAGCUAAUCUGAUGGCCGAAUGGUAAAGAACAUCUAGCCGCUCGAGAAUACCCUUACCUGCCAAUCUAUAAAUUAUGUCUCCGUAAUCUAGCAUGUGUAGGAUAGUCAUCUGAAUCAGGGUUAGUUUGGCAGCUGGGGUGAAAGAGGUGCGAUUACAAUAGAGGAAACCAAGUCUAGAUGUAACCUUAGCCUACAGCUUGGAUAUGUGCUGAGAGAAGGACAGUGUACCAUCUAGCCAUACUUCCAAGUACUUGUAUGAGGUGACUACCUCAAGCUCUAAACCCUCAGAUUUAGUAAUCACACCGGUGGGGGGGCAUUCUUCUUACCGAAUCACAUUAUCUUUGUUUUGGAGGUGUUCAGAACAAGGUUAAGGGCAGAGAAAGCUUGUUGGACACUAAGAAAGCUUUGUUGAGCGCUUCCUAAUGCCUGAGCUAUGUUGUUGAUGUAAAUUGAGAAGAGCGCGGGGCCUAGGAUCGAGCCUUGGGGUACUCCCUUGGUGACAGGCAGUGGCUGAGACAGCAGAUGUUCUGACUUUACACACUGCACUCUUUGAGAGAGGUAGUUAGAAAACCAGGCCAAAGACCCCUCAAAGACACGAAUACUCCUUAGCCGACCCAUAAUAAUGGAAUUCUCUACUGUAUCAAAAGCUUUGGCCAAGUCAAUAGAAAUAGCAGCACAACAUUGCUUAGAAUCAAGGGCAAUGGUGACAUAAUUUAGGAACUUUAACGUUGCAGUGACACAUCCAUAACCUAAGCGGAAACCAGAUUGCAUACCAGAGAGAAUACUAUAAACAUCAAGAAAGUCAGUCAGUUGAUUAUUGACAAGUUUUUCCAACACUUUUGAUAAACAAGGCAAGAUAGAAAUUGGCCUAUAACCGUUAGGAUGAGCUUGAGCUCCCCCUUUAAAUAAAGGAUGCACAAUGGCUGCCUUCCAAGACUGGGAACCUCUCCAGAGAGGAAAGACAGGUUAAAAAGGCGAGGGAUAGGCUCGGCGAUGAUACGGGCUGCAACCUUAAAGAUGAAAAGUUCUAAACCAUCUGACCCAGAUGGUUUUUUGGGGUCAAGUUUAAGGAGCUCUUUUAGCACGUCAGACUCAGUGACCGCCUGCAGGGUGAAGCUGUGUAGCGGGGCAGGGGAAAAAGAGGGAGGUGCAUUAGAAAGGCUGGGAGAAGAGGAAGUGUUGGAUGGGCAAGGAGGCAUGGCUGAGUCAAAUAGGAAUCCUGAGUGGUGAUUAAAGAGCUCAGCCAUACGCUCCUUGUCAGUAACAACCACAUCAUCAACAUUAAGGUACAUGGACAGCUGUGAAGAGGAGGGUUUAUUCUCCAGGUCUUUCACCUUUUUCCAGAACUUCUUGGGGUUAGACCCACGGAGAGAAAACUGCUUCUUAAAGUACAGUAACUAACUUUGGCCUUCCGGAUAGCCUGAGUGCGCUUAUUUUCCAUUUGCCUGAACUUAUUUCCCAUUUGCCAGUCAGCCUGAGUAUUUGUGUGCUGAGCCCUUCGCCAAAUGGUGAUCACGGUUGAACAAGGGACUGAACCUGUUUUUAAUUCUCAUUUUCUAUAUGGGGGCGUGCUUGUUAACAAUGCCAGUUGAAGUCGGAAGUUUACAUACACCUUAGCCAAAUACAUUUAAACUCAGUUUUUCACAAUUCCUGACAUUUAUUCCUAGUUGUAAUUCCCUGUUUUAGGUCAGUUAGGAUCACCACUUUAUCAUAAGAAUGUGAAAUGUCAGAAUAAUAGUAGAGAUAAUGAUUUAUUUCAGCUUUUAUUUCUUUCAUCACAUUCCCAGUGGGUCAGAAGUUUACAUACACUCAAUUAGUAUUUGGUAGCAUUGCCUUUAAAUUGUUUAACUUGGGUCAAACGUUUCGGGUAGCCUUCCACAAGCUUCCCACAAUAAGUUGGGUGAAUUCUGGCCCAUUCCUCCUGACAGAGCUGGUGUAACUGAGUCAGGUUUGUAGGCCUCCUUGCUCGCACAUACUUUUUCAGUUCUGCCCACACAUUUUCUAUAGGAUUGAGGUCAGUGCUUUGUGAUGGCCACUCCAAUACCUUGACUUUGUUGUCCUUAAGCCAUUUUGCCACAACUUUGGAAGUAUGCUUGGGGUCAUUGUCCAUUUGGAAGACCCAUUUGCGACCAAGCUUUAACUUCCUGACUGAUGUCUUGAGAUGUUGCUUCAAUAUAUCCACAUAAUAUUCCUUCCUCAUGAUGCCAUCUAUUUUGUGAAGUGCACCAGUCCCUCCUGCAGCAAAGCACCCCCACAGCAUGAUGCUGCCACCCCCGUGCUUCACGGUUGGGAUGGUGUUCUUCGGCUUGCAAGCCACCCCCCUUUUUCCUCCAAACAUAACGAUGGUCAUUAUGGCCAAACAGUUCUAUUUUUGUUUCAUCAGACCAGAGGAUAUUUCUCCAAAAAGUACGAUCUUUGUUCCCAUGUGCAGUUGCAAACCUUAGUCUGGCUUUUUUAAGUGGGUUCUUCCUUGCUGAGUGACCUUUCAGGUUAUGUCGAUAUAGGACUCGUUUUAUUGUGGAUAUAGAUACUUUUGUACUGGUUUCCUCCAGCAUCUUCACAAGGUCCUUUGCUGUUGUUCUGGGAUUGAUUUGCACUUUUCGCACCAAAGUAUGUUCAACUCUAGGAGACAGAACGCGUCUCCUUCCUGAGCGGUAUGAUGGCUGCUUGGUCCCAUGGGGUUUAUACUUGCAUACUAUUGUUUGUACAGAUAAACGUGGUACCUUCAGGUGUUUGGAAAUUGCUCCCAAGGAUGAACCAGACUUGUGGAGGUCUACAAUUUUUUUUCUGAGGUCUUGGUUGAUUUCUUUGGAUUUUCCCAUGAUGUCAAGCAAAGAGGCACUGAGUUUGAAGGUAGGCCUUGAAAUACAUUCACAGGUACACCUCCAAUUGACUCAGAUGAUGUCAAUUAGCCUAUCAGAAGCUUCUAAAGCCAUGACAUCAUUUUCUGGAAUUUUCCAAGCUGUUAAAAGGCACAGUCAACUUAGUGUAUGUAAACUUCUGACCCACUGGAAUUGUGAUACAGUGAAUUAUAAGUGAAAUAAUCUGUCUGUAAACAAUUGUUGGAAAAAUUACUUAGUAGAUAACCCUACACCCAAACGAGGGCACUACGUUCAUCCACCUCUGGCCUGCUAGCUCCCCUACAUCUACGAAAGCACAGUUCCCGCUCUGCCCAGUCAAAGCUAUUCGCUGCUCUGGCACCCCAAUGGUGGAACAAGCUCCCCCACGACGCCAGGACAGCGGAGUCACUGACCACCUUCCAGAGACACUUGAAACCCUACCUCUUUAAGGAAUACCUGGAAUAAUAUAAAGUAAUCCUUCUUCCCCCAUCCCCCAUCAUAAAAAAAAAAAAAGUGGUUGUCCCACUGGCUAUCAUAAGUUGAAUGCACCAAUUUGUAAGUCGCUCUGGAUAAGAGCAUCUGCUAAAUGAUGUAAAACAUUUUUUUAAAUACCUUGUGGGAUUGGUAAUAAUCUGAGAGAGAUUUAGGGAGUCCCAUUGUUUUAAGAAUUGGUCAGGUGGUUUAAGCUUGUCCCAGUUUAGGUCGCCUAGUAGGACAAUUUCAGACCUAGUGUAAGGGGCCAGGAGAGAGCUUAGGGCAGGUAGGGUACAGGCUGGUGCUGAUGGUGGACGAUAACACCCAGCAACAGUAAACAAAGAGCUAUUUGAAAGAUUCAUGCUUAAAACCAGCAAAUCAAAUUGUUUGGGGACAGACUUGGUGGAGCACUGAAGGUGUUCCGAGCACUGAAGGUGUUCCUUGGUAAAGAUUGCCACUCCACCACAUUUGGAAGAUCUGUCUUGCAGAAAAAGGUUAUAACCAGAAACUUUAAAAUCAGUGUUCAGAACAUUCGUUCUUAACCAUGUCUCAGUAAUGACCAACACAUCUGGAUUGGAGUUGUGAACCCACACUUUCAAUUGAUCCAUUUUAGGUUAUAAGCUUCUAGUGUUAACUUGCAGAAAACCCAAGCUUUUACGAGGGCAGAAAUCAGUGAAGCCGAAAUCUGAUCACAAGUCAGAAUUGGGGCUAGCAACAGUAGACGGGCCAGGGUGUACAUGCGCAUUUCCAGAUAUCAUCAGCAGUAAUACAAUCUUGGCACGGCAGAGAGGGAGAUCUUUGCUGUGUUGAUUUUUUAUGACAUUUGACUGUGCAUCAGAUGGCAACAAGAUCAUAUUGUACAGCAAUUUCAUCAGGUAACAUGAAUACACAGCCAGUGAGAGGGAGUUAGAAUAGGAUGGGAUGCCAAGAGUUGUACUGUAGUACUGAAUGUCCAGAGGUUUUCAGUGUUAGUCAUAAUUUCCUCUGACAUGAUACAUCAGGCCCCUGGCUAGUCACUGACCCUACGCACACUCACUAGACUAUGUAUACAAACCAUAUGCACACUCACUCACACAAACUACAUUGACACUACCACACAAAACCACACACAUACACUACAUACGCCCACACAGACAUAACACACACACGCAGACAGACACAAGACAAACACACAUACAUACAUAUUACACACACAUUUUUACACUCAUCACUUACUGCUGCUACUCUGUCCUUUAUUUUACUCUUAUUAAUAUCUAUCCUGAUUAUAUGCAUAUGCAUAAGCUCUAAUAUGCAUAUGGGUGUUUUUAAUUCAUCAUCACCUUAUAAAGCACUGUUCAAUUCGUUGUGUUAGGCUUUGAAACAACAUCCACAAUGACCAUGUUUUACACUCAGUUUCAACCUGCUGUUGAAGUUCUUUCUUCAAAUUGAUCAGCCUUCAGUGAGGUGAGUUUUAAAAGUACUAUAGGCCUGUGAUUUUCGAUUGCAUUUGCAUUGAUGUCAGAGCGGUUAGAGGGACAAUAGUACCAGCCCAUUAGGAUCUGAUGGUAGUUAGCAAGUUGCGUACUACAAAGGCAUGUCCAGAGUGCAUAAAUGGAUAUUACAGUGACUCAACGUUCACAUGGAAUUUUACUGCGGUCAUGACUCAUGACUGCAGGUGUGGUGGUCCUAAUCCUGAUGCCUAGUCACUUUACCCUGCCUUCAUGUACAUACUGUAUCUUCCUAAAAUACCUUGUACCUUCGCAUAUUGGCAUGUAGGUUUGUCACUUAUGGGUGGCACAAAUUGUGAUAUUUGCAAAUGUAAUACUGUAGUAUUUACUGUAGUUAAAAAAGUGUAGUGUUUUUGCAUACAUUACUGUAGUAUUUACUACAGUGUUUUUUUGUUGCGGAUAAUACAGUAGUAUUUACUGUAGUAUUCUACAGCAGUGUUUCCCAACUCUGGUCCUCGAGUACCCCCAACAGUACACAUUUUUAUUGUAACGCUGAACAAGGACACCUGAUUCAACUUGUCAAUUAAUCAUCAAGCCCUCAAUGAGCUGAAUGAGGUGUGUUUGUCCAGGGCUACAACAAAAAUGGGUACUGUUGGGGGUACUGGAGGACCAGGGUUGGGAAACACUGUUCUACAGUAUACUAACAUUCUAUAAUAAAAGUACUACACAUGAUCGAGGGAUACUAAGAACCGUAGUAUUCGAUAGUAAACUGUAGUAUUUUUUCAUGUGGGUACAUAUCCUUAGUUUGCCCCCUCCAUUCUGUCUUCAGGAUGGCCAUAGCCAAGUACAUCCCGUGUCUGGGGGUGUUGCUGUGUGUACGUAGACGUGACUUGCGCUCCACCAACAGCAGCUUCAUGUCCACCCGACGCUCCACUGUCACCAGCCAGACCUCCGACAUCAGCGAUCGCUUACGCCGCACCAGCACCGUCAAGUCCCGCCUCUCCUCCGCCUCCGACAGCGAAUCAGUACGGAUAAAUAUGUCCUGAUGCAUGCAUAUGUCUGUCUGUCUGUCCAGGUGUCUGUCUGACGGUUAUGUAAUGGUUCCUUCUCCCAGGGCUGGACAGAUACGGAGGCUGACCUCUCCAGUAUGGGCUCCAGGCCGGCUAGCCGCCAGGUGUCCUGUGAUAUCAGCAAGGACACAGCCAAGCUCCCAGCCUUCAAGCCUUACAGCUCCUCCAGCUUCAACUCCAAGAUGAAGAGCCACGACUCUGGCAUUUUUGAGAAGGUAACUAACACAUCAGGGCAAGGUCAAGUCAAGCGGCAAGCCUGCUCUCUGUUCCCUUCCACAUGUUUGACAAUGUUCUGAAUGUGUGGAGGAUAUUUUGGGCUCUAAAGGCAGAACAGUGUGAAUGGUUGUCUAACACAUGUCUAACACAGUAGAGGUCAGUAAGAGUCAACAUCAGGAUUUUAAAAAAAAAUCUCACCUUACUUGCAGUUAUGUGUGUUAUAACCCUGAAAUAUAUAAAUAAAUCACACAGAGAUGUAGCUUCGGCUUCAAGUCACUUGGAAUGAGUGAGCAGGGAAGCCCCGUGCGCCCCUAUAGGAAUUCCUAGGUAUAACCAAUCAAACUCAGAUCAGACAUCAAUAGAGCACACAGAUCGUAUUAUCAACAUUUAGAUAAAUUAAUAGCAUAUUACUUACUGGUAUACAUUAUGAUUCUGUAUUAUUUCAUUAUUAUUAAGGCACUUUUAAUUCUAUCACAUGUGCUAUUCUCCCAACAUCAAUACAUGUUAAUCUCACCAAUGUUACCUAUUAUUCAGUGCAUCUACCUGAGAAGCACCUAAUCAAACAGUAACACACUUGAAAACAGCUGCAGCAAUCUGUCUUUACUGUAAUGCAAUAAGACUUGUAUGGGAAUUAGGCAAGAACUAAGUACAAAUUACUAUUUUUGUGUAAUCUGCCAAAAGUCUAAGCCGUUGGCGAAGGUCGAGUCAUGCGUCCUCCGAAACAUGACUUGCCAAACCGUGCUUCUUUACACCCGCCCGCACCAAUGUGUCGGAGGGAACACCUUUCAACUGACGACCGAGGUCAGCCUGGAGGCACCCGGCCUGCCACAAGGAGUCGCUAGAGCGCGGUGAGCCAAGUAAAGCCUCCCUGGCCAAACCCUCCCCUAACCCGGACGACGUUGGGCCAAUUGUGCACCGCCCUAUGGGACUCCCGAUCACGGCCGGUUGUGAUACAGCCUGGGAUCGAACCCGAGUUAGUAGUGACGCCUCAAGCACUGCAAUGCAGUGCCUUAGAGUGCUGCGCCACUCAGGAGGCCCAUAUUUUCUUUUUUUGACACAUAUUUAACCCCUUAUUUUUGUAAGCACAAAACUACCUCCAUACUUCCAUUCAUUUGUAUGGGUUACUUUUAGUUUGUAGCCCAAACGGUUUGGAUGCUACAGACAAAAGUUAGCACAUCAGCGUUACCAACUUCAGUCCCGUGGGGCUUGUGGGGAUCGUAGAACAAAGCGAAGAACACCACUAUGUUUAUGAGAGUCUCCCCUUUCAAUAGAGUGGUCAUAUUAGUAGGCCAAACCGCUCAGAUGCUCCAGACGUUUUCGUGAGAAGACCGAUUUUUGGGAUGUCUUCUGGCCUGACAAACAGCGCUGUAGCUCUGCCACUUUCCACCGCAGAUGCGGAAGGGCGACAUAGGCAGAUGCGGUGGAUUGAGACGCAGGCCAUGCAAAAAAACAGAUCUCUAGCUUAAACUGACACAUUUUGAUGGGAUUUUAUAUUAUGUUACUUAGAUUGACACACCGGUGCGCCAAUAGACUCUAGGGGGUUAAUUAAACCAUAUUUUGGCUUGUAAUGCACCCCUGGACUUGUGUGAGCCAAUCGCAUGGCUCCUCGUUACAGACAGGAUGGUACAAUGGUGCAACGGAAAAUCACUCCAGGGAAGAAGCUCUAGGAGGGCUUUGCAGUACCAUAGAUAUCUAAUCGAAUUAUGACAUGUUUGAAGGGUGUGUUCAUCUUUAUGGUGUCUUUCAGUGUUAUCAUUUAAAAUGUGAUGGCAACUGCUAAGGCAGGGUUUUAAUAACUGUGGAAUAGGGUACCUCCAUGGGGCACAGUCUUUGUAGAGGCAAUCUGUAUCGAAGGAUUAGAAUCCAUUUUUUUAAUUUAUAGGCAUAGAGCAGACAUUUCUGUAAAGCGGGUAUAUAGAGAUAGAUGAUGUGUGUUAUCAGGGUUCAUGACUAAGAAAAGUUGUCUUUAAAUGCUUCUUAAAUGUCUUUACAACAUAUUGUUAUAAAAUUAUGAUACAAUUAUUGAUAGAGAUUCGAUCUCACUGUUAAUUAACUGUCCCCCUUUGGUGCAUUUGCCCUUGUUCACUCACUUUGAAAAGUCUAAUCAAUUUUAGCUGGCUUUCAUCUGGGUUGGAGCCACAGUAUUACAGUAUUCAGAGGUUUGACCCCCCAAAGCGUUUAGGGCUAGGUUCUAUCAGAGCCACACUAACUGACAUCCGCAUAGCAGUUGUUGUGGCGGUGUUGGAGGUGAAACCGUGUAAGAGCUUUCAAAUCCACAAGUGGCUCCUUGCGUUACCUUAUCGCAGACACUGCCGUUGGAUGCAGUGUCCAUGAUAAGGUAACGAAACCACACCCAACUUUAUAUCUGAAAAAUCACAUGCAUCCACGUUACAAGUUCAAACACUCGAAUAAUUGAUGUUCUAUUGUCUACACUUCGAUUAGACUCAUAGGCUAUAAUCCAAAUCCAUCCAAAUUCACAUGACAACAUGCAUUAGUCUGUCAUUAUCUCUAUCAUCGAUAAAGACUACACUUUCUAUCUCCGAUUUGAACUUCUAAUGCGGUAGGGAUAAUAAGGCAGAGAGUGGUUGGUGACACACAAGAGCAACCGCUCAUCGAUUUGUCAGCUCAUACCGCAGUUACACAUAAAAUACCAUCAAAACAUCUGCUAUGCGGAUGUCGGCCAAUGCUGGUUUAUGCUCGAUCUGAACUAUGCAUGAGAGCACCAGCUGUUCCGGAUGACUGUGUGAUCACGGUCUCCGUAGCCGAUGUGAGUAAGACCUGUAGCCCUUUUCUGCAGUCAAAUGACCUAGUGGCCUCAUGGGUGAAACAUUAAUAAUAUUUUUCAUAAUUUCAUAAUUAAUAAACCUCAAAAAAGCUGCCGAAAAGCCGGUGUUUCUAUGUCAAACGGUUUUGUUACAUUUCAGUCUUAUGUGAUGUACAACAUUACCAGUCAAAAGUUUGGACACACCUACAAAUUCAAGGGUUGUUCUUUAUUUUUACUAUUUUCUGCAUUGUAGAAUAAUAGUAAAGACAUCAGAACUAUGAAAUGACACGAAUGGAAUCAUGUGGUAACCAAAAAAGUUUUUUAUAAAGUAACCAAAUAUAUUUUAUAUUUGUGAUUCUUCAAAUAGCCACCCUUUCCCUUGAUGACAGCUUUGCACACUCUUGGCAUUCUCUCAACCAGCUUCACCUGGAAUGCUUUUCCAACAGUCUUGAAAGAGUUCCCACAUAUGCUGAGCACUUGUUGGCUGCUUUUCUUUCACUCUGCCGUCCGACUCAUCCCAAACCAUCUCAAUUGGGUUGAGGUCGGGGGAUUGUGGAGGCCAGGUCAUCUGAUGCAGCACUCCGUCACUCUCCUUCUUGGUAAAAUAGCCCUUACACAGCCUGGAGUUGUGUUGGGUCAUUGUCCUGUUUUAAAAACAAAUUAUAGUCCCACUAAGCCCAAACCAGAUGGGAUGGCGUAUCGCUGCAGAAUGCUGUGGUAGCCAUGCUGGUUAAGUGUGCCUUGAAUUCUAAAUAUUCACAGACAGUGUCACCAGCAAAGCACCCCCACACCAUAACGCCUCUUCCUCCAUGCUUUACGGUGGGAACUACACAUGCAGAGAUCAUCCGUUCACCCACAUCGCGUCUCACAAAGACACAGCGGUUGGAACCAAAAAUCUCAAAUUUGGACUCCAGACCAAAUUACACAUUUCCACCGGUCUAAUGUCCAUUGCUCGUGUUUCUUGGCCCAAGCAGGACUCUUCUACUUAUUGGUGUUCUUUAGUAGUGGUUUCUUUGCACCAAUUCGACCAUGAAGGCCUGAUUCACACAGUCCCCUCUGAACAGUUGAUGUUGAGAUGUGUUUGUGACUUGAACUCUGUGAAGCAUUUAUUUGGGCUGCAAUUUCUGGGGCUGGUAACUCUAAUGAACUUAUCCUCUGCAGCAGAGGUAACUCUGGGUCUUCCAUUCCUGUGGCGGUCCUCAUGAGAGCCAAUUUCAUCCUAGCGCUUGAUGUUUUUUUGCGUUCAAAGUUCUUGAAAUGUUCCAUAUUGACUGACCUUCAUGUCUUAAAGUAAUGAUGGACCGUCGUUUCUCUUUGCUUAUUUGAGCUGUUCUUGCCAUAAUAUGGACUUGGUCUUUUACCAAAUAGGGCUGUCUUCUGUAUAAUAUGGACUUGGUCUUUUACCAAAUAGGGCUGUCUUCUGAAUAACCCCCCCCCCCCCUCAUUAAGAAGGAAAGACAUUUCACAAAUUAACUUUCAAGAACGCACGCCUGUUAAUUGAAAUGCAUUCCAGGUGACUACCUCAUGAAGCUGGUUGAGAGAAUGCCAAGAGUGUGCAAAGCUGUCAUCAAGGCAAAGGGUGGCUUUUUGAAGAAUCUCAAAUAUAUUUUGGUUACUACAUGAUUCCAUAUGUGUUAUUUCAUAGUUUUGAUGUCUUCAUUAUUAUUCUACAAUGUAAAAAAAUAGUACAAAUAAAGAAAAACCUUGAAUGAGUAGGUUUGUCCAAACUUUUGACUGGUAGUGUAUAUAAAGUGUAAUAUUGGGAUGCAAACUCAAAAUGUAAUACAUUUCAACUCUAUAUCUGACAUGGUACGGGUGUCUUCAUUUUUUAAAAGCCCAUAACCAUGUGUCUGAGGUGUUUUCUUUUUGUUUGAAAGUAGAUUUGUUUAAGGCUACCAAGAAACACUCUGGGUGACCCUGAUUAAGCCCACUGCAGUAAAAGGUUAAACAGGUUAACAUUCACAAGACCGCAGAGCCAGACGGAUUACCAGGACACGUACUCAGAGCAUUCGCUGACCAGUGUCUUCACUGACAUUUUCAAUAUCUCCCUGACCCAGUCUGUAAUACCUACAUGUUUCAAGCAGACCACCAUAGUCCCUGUGCCCAAAAAUACCAAGGUAACCUGUCUAAAUGACUAUCACCCCGUAGCACUCACAUCUGUAGCCAUGAAAUCCUUUGAAAGGCUGGUCAUGUCUCACAUCAACACCAUAAUCCCAGACACCCUGUACCCACUCCAAUUCGCAUACCUCCCCAACAGAUCCACAGACGACACGAUCUCUAUUGCACUCCACACUGCCCUUUCCCACCUGGACAAACACCUAUGUGAGAAUGCUGUUCAUUGACUACAGCUCAGCGUUCAACACCAUUGUGCCCCCCAAGCUCAUCAGUAAACUAAGGACCCUGGGAUUAAACACCUCCCUCUGCAACUGGAUCCUGGAAUUCCUGUUGGGCCGCCCCCAGGUGGUGAUGGUAGACAACAACACAUCCACCAUGCUGACCCUCAACACGGGGACCCCUCAGGGGUGCGUGCUUAGGCCCCUCCUGUACUCCCGGUUUACCCACAACUGCGUGGCCGCACACGACUCCAACACCAUCAUUAAGUUUGCACACGACACGACGGUGGUAGGCCUGAUCACCGACGACGAUGAGACAGCCUACAGGGAGGAGGUCAGAGACCUGGCAGUGUGGUACCAGGACAACAACCUCUUCACCGUCAGCAAGGCAAAGGAGCUGAUCGUGGACUACAGGAAAUGGAGGGCUGAGCACACCCCCAUCCACAUCGACGGAGCUGUUGUGGAACAGAUCGAGAGCUUCAAGUUCCUCGGUGUCCACAUCACUAAGGAGCUAUCAUUGUCUACACAUAUCAACACAGUCGUGAAGAGGGCACAACAAUGUCCCUUCCACCUUAGGAGGCUGAAAAGAUUCAGCAUGGGCCCUCAGAUCCUCAAAAAGUUCUGUGCUAUGUGCACGGCCAAACAAUGGAAAUUAUGGAAUCGACUUCCACUUUACUUCCCUACUGCAGCGUGCUGGUGGCAAACUUGCCAGAUUAAAUUAUUUGAAAGAGUCAGUUUAUAGAGUAUAAAAGUGAAGUAAACAAGUGGAAGUGUAUAAGUGUAAUUUUAUAUUUAUUUAAUUCAAGUUCACUAUUGUUAGCUAGACAGACCUACUAGUAGGCUAGUUCUGUUAUGAUAAUAAUUUUAGUUGUGUUGUGGUAGAGUUAUUUAAGGCCCGGGCCAUCCACCAAGCCAAUAACUGUAACAAUAACUAUAAUGAUAAACUAUAGGCUAUAUAACUAUAAAACAUUGGUGAGCAUCCACACUAGAGGAAAGUUUAUCGUUCUAGAGUCCUGCACCUGUCAAUCAACUGAUCAAUGCAUCCUACUGCACGCUGCCUAUUAAUAAGGUCGUACCACAAGACCAUUCAUGAGGUCUCUAACAUGCUGACCACUCCGCCCGCAUUGCGUCGCGAGCGUUGCAAAAUAAAUGUACUCAUACAUGUUAUUCAAUCAUUUCAUCCAAACUGCUUGCGGGCGUCUGCAUAGCCAGGCACUAAAAUAGAACUUGGUUCUAUUUUAGACGCUUGACGCGCUGCAAGUCCCGCCUCUGCCAUCUCCUCAUUGCUUUUUAGGAGCAUAUACCCACGUAGAUGAUUGAAAUAUGAACUGAGUUCCACACUCCAGUCCAGUUGGUGGUGGUAAUGCACCUUAAAGUUGGUUACCAACCGCCAUAUAAGUGCACAGAAGAAGAAGAAGACAUUACUAGAAACGAACUAGGUUUCCCCUUUAUCUGUGGAUUAAUUGUUGGAGUAGAGAACACACGAUUAUGUAUUGACUCAAUAGGUCAAAAUUCUACAAAGAUACAAAAAAAAGGACCUUGUGCAUUUCAGGUAAAAGAACAACCCAAUGUUUAUAAACAUGACAAAUUAGCUAGCAAUAGCAAGCUAGCUAGCUUAAUAUAGUUGGUUCAGAGUUGGUUUUGAUAUUUCAACCUGCGUGUUCUGAUCGUGUCUGGUGUGGAUGGACAAAAUCAACAUGCGUGCGAUGGCGCACGCGCGUGCCCUGUCUAGUCAGCAUGUAACACACAGAUACUGGUUCAGAGUGACCAUUCAGUGCUUUCAGUUUGUGUUCAUUGUCAUAGUGACAACUGCAAAUCAAAUCAAAUCAAAUUUUAUUGGCCACAUGCGCCGAAUACAACAGGUGUAGACAUUACAUUGAAAUGCAUACUUACAGCCCUUAACCAACAAUGCAUUUAUUUUUUAUUAAAAAGUAAAAUAAAACAACAACAAAAAAGUGUUGAGAAAAAAAGAGCAGAAGUAAAAUAAAAUAACAGUAGGGAGGCUAUAUAUAAUAUAAUAAAUAAUAUGCCAUUUAGCAGAUGCUUUUAUCCAAAGCGACUUAUAGUCAUGUGUGCAUACAUUUUUACGUAUGGGUGGUCCCGGGGAUCGAACCCACUACCCUGGCGUUACAAGCGCCAUGCUCUACCAAUUGAGCUACAGAUGACCACGUACAGGGGGGUACCGGUACAGAGUCAAUGUGCGGGGGCACCGGCUAGUUGAGGUAGUUGAGGUAAUAUGUACAUGUGGGUAGAGUUAAAGUGACUAUGCUUAAAUAAUUAAAGAGUAGCAGCAGCAUAAAAAGAUGGGGUGGGGGUGGGGGGGCAGUGCAAAUAGUCCGCGUAGCCAUGAUUAGCUGUUCAGGAGUCUUAUGGCUUGGGGGUAGAAGCUGUAGAAGUAUUUUGGACCUAGACUUGGCACUCCGGUACCGCUUGCCGUGCGGUAGCAGAGAGAACAGUCUAUGACUAGGGUGGCUGGAGUCUUUGACAAUUUUGAGGGCCUUCCUCUGACACCGCCUGGUAUAGAGGUCCUGGAUGGCAGGAAGCUUGGCUCCAGUGAUGUACUGGGCCGUACGCACUACCCUCUGUAGUGCCUUGCGGUCGGAGGCCGAGCAGUUGCCAUACCAGGCGGUGAUGCAACCAGUCAGGAUGCUCUUGAUGGUGCAGCUGUAGAAAUUUUUUCUGUCUACUGAAGGGGAAUAGGCUUUGUCGUGCACUCUUCACGACUGUCUUGUCGUGUUUGGACCAUGAUAGUUUGUUGGUGAUGUGGACACCAAGGAACUUGAAGCUCUCAAUCCGUUCCACUACAGACCCGUCGAUGAGAAUGGGGGCGUGCUUAGUCCUCUUUUUUUUUCCUUUAGUCCACAAUCAUCUCCUUUGUCUUGGUCACGUUGAGGGAGAGGUUGUUAUCAUGGCACCACACGGCCAGGUCUCUGACCUCCUCCCUAUAGGCUGUCUCAUCGUUGUCGGUGAUCAGGCCUACCACUGUUGUGUCGUCGGAAAACUUAAUGAUGGUGUUGGAGUCAUGCCUGGCCAUGCAGUCAUGGGUGAACAGGGAGUACAGGAGGGGACUGAGCACGCACCCCUGAGGGGCCCCCGUGUUGAGGAUCAGUGUGGCAGAUGUGUUGUUACCUACCCUUACCACCUGGGGGCGGCCCGUCAGGAAGUCCAGGAUCCAGUUGCAGAGGGAGGUGUUUAGUCCCAGGAUCCUUAGCUUAGUGAUGAGCUUUGAGGGCACUAUGGUGUUGAAUGCUGAGCUGUAGCUAAAGGGUAGACUUAAAUGUACAUCUAGGCCUAAUGAAAACUAAUAUAGUAACUCUUAUAUAAAUGUAGCAAUUCAAAAACAAGAAACACCAUUUAGCCUGAGCAUCUUUUACAGCAUAUCAUUGCCUCAUUGCUUAAGUGGUUUGCAAGUGAUUUCCAUUUUUCCUAUGCUUGUCAAUUCCAUUGGGUCUUCUUUUUCACUGUGCUCAUCUCUGUAUGUCCUGUGCAACUAUAUACAAUGCAUCAGUGAAACAGUGAUCACAACAAUGCACUUCCUCUCCUCAACUUUCCCCCGACAUGCAUUUUCUAUGCUGCUGUAGGCCUGUUUUACUUUCAGCAAUUGGCAAGAGCAAGCCUGCCAAGAGCAAGUCCCCGAAUAAGCUAUUAUUAAGAUAAAUGACCUAUAGCUUUUGUAGCCUAUCACUAUAUAUACAAAAGCAUGUGGAGAUUAGGGGAUUCAGCUAUUUAGGCCACACCCGUUGCUGACAAGUGUAUAAAAUGGAGCACACCGCCAUGCAAUCUCCAUAGACAAACAUUGGUAGUAGAAUGGCCUCAGUGACUUUCAACGUGGCACCGUCAUAGGAUUCCAUCAAGUCAGUUCGUAAAAUUUCUGCCCUGCUAGAGCUUCCCCGGUCAACUGUAAGUGCUGUUAUGGUGAAGUGGAAACGUCUAGGAGCAACAACGGCUCAGCCGGCAAGUGGUAGGCCGCAUAAGUAACACUCAUUACAGAGUUUCAAAUGGCCUCUGGAAGCAACGUCAGCACAAGAACUGUUCGUCGGGAGCUUCAUGAAAUGGGUUUCCAUGGCCGAGCAGCCGCACACAAGCCUAAGAUCACUAUACGCAAUGCCAAGCAUCGGCUGGAAUGGUGUAAAGCUCGCUGCCAUUGGACUCUGGAGCAGUGGAAAAUGCGUUCUCUGGAGUGAUGAAUCACGCUUCACCAUCUGGCAGUCUGACGGACUAAUCUGGGUUUGGCGGAUGCCAGGAGAACGCUACCUGCGCUCGAAUGCAUAGUGCCAACUGUAAAGUUUGGUAGAGGAGGAAUAAUGGUCUGGGGCUGUUUUUCAUGGUUCGGGCUAGAGCUACAGCAUACAAUGACAUUCUAGACGGUUUGUCGAGAUCGGUGUGGAAGAACUUGACUGGCCUGCACAAAGCCCUGACCUCAACCCCAUCAGACAGCUUUGGGAUGAAUUGGAACGCCGACUGCGUGCCAGGCCUAAUCGCCCAACAUAAGUGCCCGACCUCACUAAUGCUCGUGGCUCAAUAGAAGCAAGUCCCCGCAGCAAUGUUCCAACAUCUAGUGGAAAGCCUUCCCAGAAGAGUGGAGGCUGUUAUAGCAGCAAAGGGGGGACCAACUCCAUAUUAAUGCCCAUGAUUUUGGAAUGAGAUGUUCGACGACCAGGUUUCCACAUACUUUUGGUCACUUCAAACCCUGUCCUGCACUGAAAUCAAGCCUCUGAACACCUCACCUCAUGCCUCAUAUCCUCAUUCAAUCACUGCUGUGAUCCCUUCCCAACACUGUGUAAGUAGCCCUCUCAUUCCCAUUCCCCAUAAGAUUGUACUAUAAAUGUCUUUAUUAAAUGCUUUAGGUUAAAAUAAUUAGUCUUUCACGAUUUUUUAAACACACUUUGACGUCUCCGUGCGGUCCGCGCCUAUCCCGUGGGUCUCCCAUCCUCCUAAAUUGUUCAUGUCACCAGCCUCCACUGACAAAUACACAGUCACCUGUUCUAUUACCAAUGGCAGUUAGGGAUAGGUGAUAUCUGACACACAAACAUAUUGUAAAAACUGAUAAAACUUAUCCAAUUAUGGUCUCCCCAUCAAGGGGGCUGCCGUCUGGCAAAAGCAUCUCCAGUCCAUCUGUAGAAAUAGGCAGAGUUGAGGCUGUGUUCAUCAGUGACACACAAAAAAGGGAGUUGCUAUUACUGGACAUUUGUGCUGUAUUAUUAGUAAUCACCCCAUUGUGGAUGUGUUGAGUGGAUGUGUUCAGUGCCAGGUCUCGCUGCAUCUCAUGCAUCUGUGAACACAUAUACACAGUCACUGUCCUAUUACCAAUGGCAGUUAGGGAUAGGUGACACACACACACACACACACACACACACACACACACACACACACACACACACACACACACAGAGAGAGAGAGCACUGAUCACAUAAUCAAUGGUGGUUAUGAAUAACCUGGUGGAACCAACCUGAUCGCUGCGUUUACCUUUCUAUUUCACUUCAGACGAUCAGGCUGGUUCCAUCAGACUAGGUUAUGCCCUGGACAUUUAUAUGCAUAUAAGAAGUAAAAAAUAAGCAACAAAUAAUGUCUGUUUACAUAAAUUAUGUUUCACAAUUGGGUUAUCAAAUGUAUCAAAGUAAUGAAGUGGGUUACCUUCUGUAUUUGUACAAAUGAUGACCCUGUGAAAGCUGUUGCUGCUGAAAGGUGAAGGUUGCUGGCUGGAUACUUGCCAACAUGUGGCUACAGUUCCAUUCAUAGGAAUGCUCACAGCGAGGGCAUGUCUGCAUGAUGCUGAUGUGGGCCCCCUUGCUGGUCUUCUCUAUGCUCCAUGUUCGGCUGCAAACUGGACAGCUCCCUAACAACUACAGAAGGCAAUCUUAUAAGGUGGUACUGAAUGGGAGGGCCUGUGACAGGGUGAUACAAUAGACAGCCAAGUGGUAAAUUGCAUUUUGUUCUAAUGAAAGGACAAAGCUUUUUGCAAAUGCACUUCACAACCAAAAGUAUUCUACUAGUUUGUAUCUGCUUAGCUGGGGAAUUAGCCUACUAGUUUAUCAAGCCGGGUAUUUUUUAAUACAACUUUUUACAUUUCACAUAACACACAUUACCUGUCAUGGUUGAUGAAGCUGUCUGUGUCAUCAGGGCAGUAACUGGGGUCACUAUCAGAGGCCUCAUAGUGGCAUGUCCUUUUCAUAGGAGUCGAGGGAGACUCUGAUAACAAUGGAGGAGGUGUCACAAGGUCUUGUCUGACAAGUUGUGAAAAUAGCAAGUGAACAGUGAAUGAAAUGAUUUUUGGAGGUCGCUAAACCAUUGCAAUCACAUUGAUGGACAUGUUAUGAUACCCACCUUACUCCUUCUGGUAGGUCUCCUUCUGGUAGCAUCUGUUCAUGACCAGGGGAUCAGUCUGGCACCCAACUGUACACUUUGUCUAACAGAUAAACAGGGUCAACAAUUGUCAUCCUCCCUCAAUUACAAGAUAGCUCGAGAAAUAACGUAAUCUUGAUUGGAAGCUAAUUUAAUGCUUUACAGAUGUAGACUGACUGGCUCGUUGGAUUAGAUUCAAGCCAGUGAAGCCGUUACACUAUGCAACUGUGACAUAUUUUGCUAUGGCCCUGGGUUGGUUUGAGUUUGUUGUUGCUAGUUAGUAAAGUGUUGUAGUCAGACAUGAGUUAGCUAGUGCCAACAUGCAUCCAAUAUUUAUUUGUGCCAUAGACAUGGGUUGCACCUCGGAGGCUAAUGUGACUGCUUCGUCUAAAUUACACUAACUUAGAGUGGCAUGGAAAUACGAUGAAAUUGCUAAAGUAGGCAAAUAAUUAGUAGGAAACAACUUUGCCAUUACAGUUACUAGCAAUACUAAUGUUAGCUAGCUAAAAUACAGUGGUCCCCUCAAUCUUAGUUAGCUGGCUAAAGUUAUACUGCAUCUAAAGUCAAUUUGGCGACAUCACAAUCAUGACAAAAUGUAUUCUUUUGAAAUGUUAUCAUGUUUCCAAGUAAAAUCUGAGUUGUAUUGAGGUAGGCUAACUAUGCUAUGCUAACUUCAGCUAUGCUAGCGAUGAUAGUGAUAAUGAUUAUCAAAAUCCUGCAUUGCAUGGUCAUUCCGUAUAGGGCUUUUCAGUCUAAAACGGCCGUGAUCCUUUGAAUACGUUGGGGGCGAUGAAUCAACGGAGCCCAAUUCAAUGAAGGGUAGUGAAGUGGGCGAAGUGACAAUUUGCACAUGGAGCUUGGCAAAAGGGGGCAUGAUUUGUUGACAUAAUUGUAAUCCAAACCCAACCUUAAUUUACUCGUUCCAAACUCUGUUUUAGACGAGACUGACUUUAUGACCAAAAUUAUCCUAUUUACCGUACACUUUGUAGUCAAUAUUUAUACUAGAAUAAAUGUUUCUGACUCCUAUUGAUGCCACAUAGGCCGUUUUCAAAGGGAUUAGUUGGUUUUUAGGGGCAUUCGCUCUUUCAGGUUGAAUUAGAAAAUCCUCUUUGCCUCUUUUGAGUUAAUGGUUGAGUGAAACCCGAGUGUUUUAGAUGGACUAAAAGCUUUGGGCCUUGGUAACAAGUGAUCUGUGGUGUGACUUGAUAGAUGUUUGGAGAUGCUUAAUACUGUGUGUCACCCGGACUUCAUGCCUGAUUUGUUGUGGUCGCUAUCCGCCCAUUCAAGAUCAAAUAUUUUAUUAAGGCUAAAUUAUGUGUUAAACUCUUUACUUACAUGUGACUGGUAUUUAAUUGAGUGUAGCAUUGAAGUGACUCAAAGCAUAAUUACUAUAUAUCACUCAAUAUAAUAGCAGGAACCAACCUCUAAGACCUGAAUUGUGUAUCUUCUAGAGCUCUUAUGACAUUUCCAUGACAGGCAUAGGUCACAGAGACUGCAGCUUGCCUCUAGCUGUAAGUACCCAUAAUGAGCCAAAAGUGUCAGUCAAUUCCACUUGUUUUGUAUCGACCAGUGUGGCCAUUACCUACCUCCAAUAGACAACAAAGCAGCACUGGUGCCCUAUUAAACCUUGGCUGAGUCUGCAAUAUAACAUUACACGUCUUCCCCUGUUUUUUACCCUCUUUAGCCCAGCUAGGUAAUGGGCUCCCAUAGUCUCUCCUUAGCCAAAGAUGAUUUCAGUGUGUUUAGUGUUGACGGAUGCUAGUGCAUUCCUGUGCAGUGUGGCAGGGUUUGGCCAUGAGCAGACAGCAGGCAUAUGGAUGGCACGGAACAAGUGGCCUUAUUAAAUCACUGCAGUUUAAUCUCAAUAAAUGUCACAGCAGACUAACUAGUCUUAUCAAUGAAAGACAGAAUUAACUGUUCUGUGACAUGCCUGGUGGCAGGCUUACAGGGGGAGAAAUAUUGCCACUUGCUCUUUAAUUUGUAGUCAGUGAUGAUAAUGUCAGAGUAGGAACGGCAGUGGCAGAUUAUAAUGACGUGAGAUAGACUUUCACUCUGCAGAGACAACAACGCUUUCUCACACCCAUUCUCAUUAUAUUAUGUUUUUUGUGUCCCUUCAUGUCUUAUGAUAUGUUACAGUACGUCCUCCAAUUCGUAUGAUAUGUUACGAAUGGUCCGGUGGCGGAAUAGCAGUCUUACAGUAUCAUACGUUUUAGCAGUCUUACAGUAUCAUACGUCUUAGCGGUCAUACAGUAUCAUAUGUCUUCUUGCGUUAGCAUUUGUGGCUAAUGUUAGCUAGGUGGCUAACGUUAACUAGGUUAGGGGUAAGGGUUAGCUAACAUGCUAAGUAUUUGCAAAUAGCUAUGGUUGUGGUUAGCUAAAGUUGAUAAUUAGCUAAGAUACUAAAGUUGUCCCUGAUGCAAUUCGAACAUGCAACCUUUGGGUUGCUAGAAGUUUGCGUUAUGUGCCCACCCAUCCUCCCCGACAAACCUCCCUACUGUUGUUUCUGUAUUAAGUAACCUUCUGUCUUAAAGGGAUACAUCGGGAUUUUGUCAAUGAAGCCAUUUAUCUACUUCCCCAGAGUCAGAUGAACUUGUGGAUACCAUUUGUAUGUCUCUGCGUGCAGUUAAGGAAGUUGCUAACUAGUGUUAGUGCAAUUGCUAACGCUAGUUAGCAUUUGCUCAUGAAACGACCUCUAACUUCCUUCAUACUGGAUGCAGAGACAUAAAAUAGUAUCCAUGAGUUCAUUUGACUCUGGGGAAGUAAAGGGCUUAAUUUCCAAAGUCCCGAAGUAUCCCUUUAAGUAACCAGAUCAUUGUUACAUGUCAUACGGAUUGUAGGUAGAGGAGAGUCUGGAUGAAAGUAACACGGGCGAAAGUAACACUUUUCUCCGAUAACAUAGAAGUUAGAAUUACAUAGUGAAGUCAGCACGUUCCUAUUGCGGAGAACGAGGUCCCUGCAAAAAAAACUGCCCAGUCCACCCAUGUAUCGCAGAGUUAUCGGCCCCAAAAAAUGGGGACCCGGAAGGGUUUUUCAGUUGUAGAGUUGUUUAGUUGUUUAAGGUUCCAAAACUAAAUGACAGCAUAGGUUUCAAGUAUCAUGAUAGCUAGUCUUGGGUGUUAGCCUGGGAAAAGUAACAGGAGAUACAGGUGGGCCGUAAGUAACACAGUGUUAACUAAUGACCUGGAAUAAAAUAAUAUUUAAGCACAGGCCAUUGUCAUAGUUCAUAUUGCUUUCAUAAUGUUAGCAAAAUAUCAACAAGUGACUGAAUGUUUGAAUAUUAUAUAUGGCAUCAUUAGAAUUAUGCCUUAAUCAAUUGACUUGAUCGAUCAGCUUCUCACAUAAGCUUUUAUGGACAGGUUAGUGGUUAAAAAUAUAUAUCAUUAUGAUUCUGGGGGUUGUUAAGUUGCGUCAUUCGAAUCUGGUAUCAGAACAGAAUUUAACACUAAGUCACUGAAUAUAUAUUCUCAGCUUUUUUAUUAAUAUAAUUAGUCAAGCGAAUAAAUGGUAAAUGCAAUCUUCGUAUAUACGGGUUCACUGUAACACCUCACAGGGCAAAACAGAGAACUAACUGUCCCAACCCAAAGUUAUUAUUUUAAUACUCUGACAGAGAUAGUUCCCGUUCAAAGCGGGCCUGUCAGAGUAGAGGCUGAGCGUGGUUUAAACUUACUCAGCAUAUCGUUGGCACACAGGCUGGUCCCAGCCCCUUGGUGCUUCACUGUUGCCGGGCAUUAGUUGUUUUUUGCAACUUGUCUCGAGAGUCAGCACCCUCAGACAUAGUUUCCUCUUCUUCAUUGUUGCAGUACACAUGUCCUUGAGCGGUUUAACAAAGAGGCAGUGUGUGUGUGUGUGUCACAAAUCUAUCUCAGCCUCCCCCCUAACGGUUCCUCACAUUAGUCACAGCUUGUUAUGUUAAACAAUCUAUAUCAGUACAGCACAAACCUAUUAUGUUUAAUCAUUAAUGUAUUCUUUUUAAGCUAGGCAUCACAUCUAAUUACAAGAAAAUAGAUCCCAACAGGGUCAAUUACCUUUUGUCAAGCCAUAGAAAUGUGAUAAGCAUGAUGAGUUUGCCGUUUGUGAAGAGUAUAAAAACAUGUAUUCUAUCAAGACACGAGGAGCAUGACAAGGACAGCUGGAGGGCACCUGAUUAGUAGUGCUAUGCAUGAAUAGUCAUUGAAAAUGGUGAAAAACCAUAUCUUACUACAUUCCCAUUGAAGUGAGAUGAUGUGAUCCAUUUUAGUCCAAUUAAUAUUGUAAGGCGAUGUUGACGCAUGGUUCAUUUUCAUAAAUUUCUAACCUAUAGCAUUAAUUAUUCAAAUCAACACAAACAUGAAAUUAUGGCUAUUAGUACAUUUCUUGAAAGUAAUGAGCAUUACAUACCAGAAACAUGGCGAUAAGACAGAUAUUGUGCGCUUCUUGCCAGCUGUUACUUCCAUCCCAAAACUGUGUUAAAGCCAAUUUAUGCUUGAUCCGAAAAUGUGAUCGGAGGCUCCUUAUGGAGGGUGUGACGCAAUUGCGGAGCCUCCGUAGGCAUGCAGAGGCCAAAUUGAACUCGGUACCGCAUCGCUGUGCGCCUCACAAAUGUUGUAACAAUGUGGAGGGCUCCGUAUUGCUCCGCAUUGACAUGAUUGGUUGACGGUAGGUGGGGGUGGGAGGUACUAUAUAAACACGAACUCACUUCCUUGACAACAGCUCUACUUGACAGCUCUGCGCUGCUCCACGAACCGCAAUAAGUAUGAAUGCCCAGACUUCUGCAGAGGCUGUAUCACCGUAAAUGCUGCACGGCCAUGCAGCGCCUUUAACUCCCGCACCGCCUUCAGGCACAAAAGUAACGUUGCGGUAGUUCUGUUCUCUGUGAUUUUAAAUUCAACUAAUUUACCCUAUAAAUGAAAUUACAGUUGCUAAUGGUAGAGGACAUACUGUAUAUAAGUUGUUUGUCAUAAAAUAUGGUGGCCCUAUUGAUCUCUGAGUAAUUAGGAAGAAAAUCUAAAAUAUUUUCUCCCAUACCCAAAAUACAUGACCAGGCUGGAGACAAAGGAAAACAGAUCUUCAAGAUUUGCUUCGGAUACAAGACCGGCUUUUAGGGAAAAUAAUAUUAAACCAGAAAUCCAAUCUUUGUCUUAAAUUGCCAUGUUGCAUAGAUAAUUGGGUGCAAAAAUCGAUCAUUUGGCAUAUCAUAUGUUCACUGUUUCUCAUCUCACAUUUUGUUUGACUUCGACAGGCAGGUGAUUCGUCAGAAGUCAUCGUAACGAGAGGAAUGAUUGGCCAGAUUCCCAGCAUCGUCAUCACCUCUGAGACCAGCCUCUCCCCACCUGUCCUUAGGGCCAGUUCCCAUGGUUCCCGUACAAGGCCAUCCAAUGGCAGUAUAGAUGUGGGGUCUGUUAAUAAGGAGCCACAGGAGAGUGUCCAGCAGAGGUCAACACUUCCCUCUAACUCCUUUAACAGUGACGCCUCUACACCACUCAUCUGA